AUGUGUGCGGCGAGGCGGAUGCUGCUGCUGCUGCUGGCUUUCCUGGCCUACGCGUUGGAUUCGGCUGCGGCGUACGGCACGGCGGAGACCCUCUGCGGUGGGGAGCUGGUGGAUACGCUGCAGUUCGUCUGCGGGGACAGGGGCUUCUACUUCAGUAGACCGGUGGGACGAAAUAACCGGCGGAUCAACCGGGGGAUCGUGGAGGAGUGCUGCUUUCGGAGCUGCGACCUGGCUCUGCUGGAAACCUACUGCGCCAAGUCUGUCAAGUCUGAGCGCGACCUCUCUGCCACCUCCCUGGCGGGCCUGCCAGCACUCAGCAAGGAGAGCUUCCAGAAGCCCUCGCACGCCAAGUACUCCAAAUAUGAUGUGUGGCAGAAGAAGAGCUCCCAGCGGCUGCAGCGGGAGGUGCCCGGCAUCCUGCGGGCUCGUCGGUACCGGUGGCAGGCGGAGGGGCUGCAAGCGGCCGAGGAAGCCAAGCUUGGUCAUGACCAUAUGAGCUAG